AUGGGCUGCCUUGGAUGCUGCACGCAGCUCAACCCUGAGAUCGCGGCGCUGCAAGACUGCUACCCGCCUUCCAAGGACCUCGUCAAGUCCAGCCCAGAGUUCAUGCCCAUGUCCCAGGACAUGAGCAAGCUCACUUACUAUGCUAAGAACAAGCCCAGCUCGCUCGCCAAGAUAGGAGAUGAACUUGAGAAGCGCGUCGUCAAGGAGGCCAAAGCUAGUACUGGCGGGUAUCCCAAGAGCCGCGCCGCCCUCUUAAUCUCCCUCGUAAUCCUCUACAAGCUUCUCACCGAGUGCAAGCGCGACAUAGGCCUAUUUUCUCGCCAAGCUUUGCGCGCCAUAUCCGCAGCUCUCGAUGUCAAGAUCUACCAGACGAACAAGGUCGACCUCGAGGCCAUCUCGCGCGCUGGCAACUGCUUCGUCGCACUCACCCAAGGCACGGACGGUGGGUCGAUCGGCGUCGAUGACGCCCUCACAUCGGCCUACCUCGAGGUGCUCGCCAAGUUUGCUGCGUUCUCCAGCUCCGGCCCAACCGGCACCGUGCGCAACGAGAAGGGCGACGACGAGGACCAGAGCCGCGCGCGCCUCCUCGGUCUGCGCGGCCUCACGGGUGCGAGCACGAGCGACGCGGCGUUUAGUUCGGGCGAGUUCCUGCGGCAGGCGCAGAUCAUCGUGCCCGCCCUACUAGCGGUACUGCAGGAGACGCCUAUGAGCGAGCUCAAGGGCCUCGUGCACCGGAGUAGACGUCGGUCCGCCCUUGGACCCCUCAUCACCGAGGUGUCUUCCAGGCCCCGGCCCCCACCGAGCCUCAGCGAGCACGUCGUCGGUGAGAAGGGCCCGAGCGCGGACGAUGUGACGAGUGCCGCAUUCCGGUGCCUGUACGAGUUUGUGGCUGAGUGCCACACCAGCCAAGCGAGCCAUGUGCUCGACGUCGUGCUGGUAUACUUUGACAAGCGUGGGGUGUGGCGUGACGUCGAGCGGUGCUGCGUCAUCACUGAGACCCUCGCACAGGCGAUGCAGCUGCAGAGCCGCUUUGUUGUGCCCACGCGCAUCGUCGAGCUCCUCGUCAACAUGCCCGACGACCAGCCGCCAACCGACAAGCACAUGAGCAUCCUCGCCAUGGUCACGACUGUGCUCACGUCGAGUGUGAGCCUCGUCGGUCUCGCAGUCACCGACAUCCUCUCAAGCCUGAUCUCUGUGAUUGAGCGCCGCGUCGCUCUUGACGCGAACGACGCGCUCCUCACCCCGCUCGUGAACUGCGUCUCAUCGCUUGGUACGCACAUCUACUAUGUCGACCAGAUCAACGACAUUGUAGAAGAGACUACCCUCCAGAUGAUGAGCAUCCCCGUCACGAACCCUGCGCGGCAGGAGAUCCUCCGCGUCCUAAUCCACUGCAUUACCGGCGUGAUGGUCGCCGCAGACCGUGGCGACGAGAUUGAGGCCGAGGCUCGCGAGCGCCCAGCCUCCCCACUCCCGAUGGACAAGGGCAAGGGGCUUGCCCUCGACAGUCCAGCCGUCGAGAUGCCUCGCGCGCGCGACGCCGGCCGGCGUAACCCCAUCGCCCCCGAGGUGUGGCAGGAGACUCUCCCCCUCCUCUGCGAGAGCAGCUAUCCGGUCCGCGCGGCGUACGCCCGUGCCCUGAUCUUCUAUCUCCAGACCGAGCUGCCGCGCGACAAGCGGCCGAGACCCGACGAACCGAACAUUGUACGUUUCUGCCAAGCCGUCAAUGCGGCAGUUUACACGCUUGCCAUGUCGUCCCGUCUUGGGCAGGGCGAGCCGCUAUCUGGCCCACCAACGCCGAGCCGCUCCAGCUCGGCGAACAUGCUCGGGAGCGGGGCUAGCACUCCUCCCCGCGGCCAGGGGGGCAUCGUCAGCUUUGUCGUGUCGGAACCCACGCCCGUCGACACUCCAACCGGCACAAUUUCGCAUGUGCCUAAUGGCAACGACCGCUCGCACGCCGGGGCAGCGGCCACCUCGGCCUCGGCCAACGGCGCGGGAACGCCUGGCAGUGGUGCCGUCACGCCGCCGCGCAAGCCUCUGCGGGGUGGGCGCAGAGUCUCGCUGCCGCUCAACCGCCUCAUCACGGUUACCGAGCCGGGGCCUUUCGACGCCGUUGCCACGCCGUUCGACUACGCAGCAAUCCUAGCCCUCAUGGGCGAGCUACACGCGGCCGUCCCCUCCGCCGCACUGGAGACGUCCGCGCCAAUGCUAUUCGCGCUGGAUAGUGACGCAGGUAACGAACUCACCAGACGCCCAGGCAUGUCUGGCGCCUAUGUUCUCGAGCGUCGGCGGGCUGUCCGCGAAACUCUCCUAAUCCUAUGGCGGCACAUCUCGCGCUCGUGGGGCGUCUUCUCCGUUCUGGGAAUGGCGGAACACGCCCUUGCCAGCUUACCUGAACCGUUUGUGGUUCCCGACCCCCGAUCUGCGCCCGACGGCGAACUUCCUCGCCCCGAGACGCCAGUCGAGUUCGUGCGUGAUGAAUCCGAGGCUGAGAGCGCCGCCGCCUCCCAGCCCAUCCUCAACUGGCGUGAUAUUACCGCCGCCUUCGCCAACUCGUCCGCUGUGGAGAUGGGAACUGGACGAGACGCACAGGGAAUCACCAGGGUUUUCGGGGCAAAGUGGAGCGUCGAGGAUGCGUUGCGGAACGCAACGGAGCGGUUUGCCCGCCCUGCACCAGCACCGGAGGCGACGCCGUUCAUGGCUAUCCCGAAUGCCAGUUACCAGUCUUUUGGACGGCCUGUUAGCCGCGCCGUUGAGGUAGGCGAUCUCCGCGACGCGCUUGCGGGCGGGGCGGAGACUGGGAGCGCAGCGCAGAGCGUUGCUAGUAUGUCAUCGAGCGCGCCGACGAAUGGCGCGCCAAAGGGUAAGCCCGAUGCCAAGGAGAUCCUCAAGGAGAUCUUCAAGGAGAAGCGACCUCGCGGCGUCGCGGCCAGCGCGCCGGCUUAG